CAGGAUAUUCCUAUGCACGUGACAAUGCUAACUUACGUCUUCUUGGCCUGGGAUCGUUGCAGAUACCUGAGAAACAACAGAAAACCUCGGUUGCCUGCUUUUGUGUGUGCUUUUGGUACUUGGCUGGCAUCACUUUGUCUGGUACUUCCGUAUCCUAUCUAUAUUACACAUCUCGAUUUAGGAGAGUUUUUCAAAUCCCAAGAACUCCAAGGAGUAAGUAUUUGCAUCGUCAAUUUGGCCGACGACAUGAAGGAAUACGUGCGGGGAAUUUUUCUUGUCACUUAUGCUGGACCUUUAGCAGCAAUAUCCUACUUUUUCGUAACUGGAUCACGUGAAUUGUCCUACCAUAAUGCUCCAGCUGUAGUAUUUUACGAAUCACGUAGCCGCAGUAGUCGAUCUCGUACUGAUUCACAUUCUACCGACAUAAGUCGUAUUCGAGGAGAUUACGACAGAAACAGUGACUCCAACCAGGAUAUCUACCGAGAUCAAGAAACCGGACGUACAAGAUACGAAGUUCGCGAACCAGAGUUGGAUGUACAAAAAGAAAAAUGCACACAGAAGUUUUUGGGAACAAUUAUUACUACUUAUGCGGUAUGUUUGCUGCCUUUGAUGAUGAUGAGAUUAGCGAGAUUGGCAUUAGUAGAAACUUAUGAAAACAGCAGCAGUUUUGACUACACAUACGUGAUAUUAGUCUGGAUUGCAUUUCUUCCGACUUGCAUAACACCAGCAACGUUUGCUUUUUGGCAAAUGAAUAGCUCAUCAAGAGACCGACUUAAAGGAUAUUUUCGUUUCAGCAAUCGCAAGCUGAGACAGUCUAGUGAAACUGUGAUGACGUCAGCUGACACACCCAUAUCCAGAAACAAGUACCGUCGAGGCUCACACAUUCAACUUGACGAACGGUACUCUGAUUGUACCACCAGCAGCAUUCAUCAAGAUAAUCAGUCUUCUUGAAGUUGAACCCCUACUAGAAGUGGAAGAGGACGAAUACCUGCGACUAAUUUAUUUCGAGUGGAGCAACUAAUUUAACAAUACAAGGAACAGGAUAUUAUAUAAUGAGAUAUAUAAUGUAUAAAAAAUAAAACUAAAUUUAUUAAACCUACUAACAUUGUAUUGAUGUAUUUUUUGUGCAAGAAGAAAUUGUAUAUAGGGCUUGAAAAUGGGUUUUUCCAUUAGUUUUAUGAAUUGUGAUAAAUUUUCAACUUUUUUGAACAAAAGUGAGAAUUAUAACAUGUUCGAACAUAUAUUUGUGGUGCCAAAAAUUAGGAAACUGAAAUUCUUGAAACCAAAAUUUUGAUAAAGAUAAACCUAUUUAUUAUAAUAUACAUUUGUUACAA